AUGGAGGAGGCCCUUCUCGUUUCAGGUGCCGAUUCUUUUUCCCUGAGGUAUGUGGCGUUUACAGAGGGCCCUGGUCUGUCUCUUUGUCUGCGUGUAGCAGCAGAAGCAGCAGCAGCAUUUAUAAACUCCUUGCAUCUUCUGCUUCAUCUCGCUGCUUCUCAAGAUAAGCAGCAACCUCCUUCCAACACCUCUCUAGACCUCCUCCUUUCUGCUGCCUACGAUGCAGUUCUCACAGAAUUCUCAGGGGCCCCUGAGGCCCAGGGGCCCCCAUGGGGGCCCCCAUGGGGGCCCCAGGGGGGGCCCCAAGGGGGCUUUCAGGGGGGGCCCCAAGGGGGGCCCCGGGGGGUUCUUCAGGGAGGGUUUCAGGGGGGGCCCCAAGGGGGCUUUCAGGGGGGGCCCCAGGGGGGGCCCCCAGGGGGGCCCCCAGGCGAACUGUUGCUUGACCCUGUGAAUCCCCGUAUUAUUGUUGAGCCUUCUUGGCAUUUGCGGUGCGCCUUUCGUUCGUUAAUAAAAGAGAAAUUGAAAUCUCUACACUUGAUAAAGCACAUGCAGCAGCAGCAGCAACAACAAGAGCAGCUGCUGCUGCGGGGGCAGCAGGAGGUGCAGCAGCUGCUGCAGCAGAAGGCUGCUGCAAUGGAUGCAGUGAGGCGAAAAGUAUUUGCUGCUGCUGCUGCUGCUGCUGCUGCUGGGGCUUCUCCUGCUGUUGUGGGGGUACACCACUUGCAGGGGCAUCUCUUCAGCGCUUCGCUGCCUGGGGCUGCGGUGUAUUCCCUCGACAGCAGCAGCAGCAGCAGCAUCAAGCAGCAGCAUUUCCCAAACAAACCAGCAGCAGCAGCAACAACAGCAGCAGAGGGUGUCGCAGCAGCAGCAGGUGCAGCAGCAACAGCAGGUGCUGCAGAAGCGGCAAAUGCAAAAGCGGGAGAUGCAUCAACAGAAGAUGUAUUAGCGGGGCGAUCAGCGGGGGCAGGUGCAGCAGCAGCAGCAGCAGCAGCAGCAGCAGAACUUGUGCCUCCUAACGAGCCCUUGCUCUGUGUGCUGCUGACGGGGGCUCACUCUCAAUUCUCCAUUUUGCGAAGAGGAUUUGUGCAGGAGGAGCAGCAGCAGCUGCAGCAGCAGCAGCAGGAGCAGCACCAGCUGCAGCAGCAGCAACUGAAGCAGCAGCAGCAGGAGCAGCAGCAGCUGAAGCAGCAGCAGCUGAAGCAGCAGCAGCAGGUUCAACAGCCAGCGAAGGCACUGCAGCAGGAGCCCCACUUGCUGCGAGGGAUGCAGCAGCAAGAGCAGCAGCAGCAGCCCCAGCUGUUGCAGCAGCACUUCUACUUCCAGCCCCGCCUUCACCCGCUGCCUAAGGGAGACGGGGGACCCCCUAACGCUAACGGGGCCCCUACCUGCAGCAAGGCUCUCAACAACCAACCUGCUGCUGCUGCUGCUGCUGCUCCUGUUGCUGCUGCUGCUGCUGCUGCUGCUGCACAGGGAGGUCUGGGAGAGAGCAGCAGCAACUUGCUGCCUUUGCCUUAUUCCUUUCUUACGCUGGGCAAGACACUCGAUGAUGCACUCGGAGAGGCCCUAGACAAGACGGCGAGGCUCCUGCGCACUCUUUCUGCUCCUACCGAACAGCCGCAGCAGCAGCAACAGCACCAGCAACAGCAGCAACAGCACCAGCAGCAGCAGCAACACCACCAGCAGCAGCAACAGCACCAGCAGCAGCAGAAUGAGCUGCGACCGAAGGAGCAGAAGGAGCAGCAGCAACAGCACCAGCAGCAGCAGCAACAGCAGCAGCAGCAGCAGCAGCAGCAGGCAGGUGGAGCGUAUUUGGAGUGUCUGGCGUCUCUUGCUGUCCCUUCUGAUUUGCUGCUGCCCCCUGCACCCGCAUCUCACAUGCAGAAUACGCUUAAUUUGAGCUUCUCAGGUAUAAAGACGCAUUUAAUUAGACAGAUGAAUUCUUUAAAAACAACCGCCGGCAGCCUCUCUCUCCAGCAGCAGCGCUGCGUAGCCAAAUAUAUUCAAGACUGUCUUUUCUCCUACGUCUGCCGGCGGCUGUCGCAAGCCCUUUGGCUAACUGAGUUCAUCCCCGAGCUCAAAACCCUCGCACUCGUUGGAGGAGUCGCUCGCAACCGGCAGCUGCAGCAGCAGGUGCAGCAGCAGCUGCUGCAGCGCAGAGACCCGCGCCACCAGCAACGCGAGUUUGCUGCUGUAAAGAAGCGUCUGCUGAAGCUUGUACAGAGGCUGCCUCUUCUCAUGGUUACUAGCCAUUCGAACCUUCAGCAGCAGCAGCAACCGCAGCAGCAGCAACAGCAGCAGCAGCAGCAGCAGCAGCAGCAGGAAGCUGUAAGGGAGGCGCUUCGCGUGUUGGUGGGUGGUUUUUCUUUUGCUGAUUAUUCUGCCCUUCGGCUUCCUCUUUCUUCUUUUGUCUCCUUUUGCUGCAGUCUGUCUCCUUCAGCAGACUCAGCUGCAGCUGCAGCAGCAGCGUGGCCCCUCUGUGUGUCUCCUGAUAUCCUGGCUGCAGCAGCUGCAGCACAAAACAACAGACGAGCGGCAGCAGCAACAGCAGCAGCAGCAGAGGCAGCGGGAGAUAGUAGCAAAGGUAAAUACACCGAUUCCAAAUGCAGACGUUUUAACAUACUGCUGCCGGGGAGGCAGCUGCUGUUGCAGCACAGCAGCAGCAGCAGCAGCAGCAGCAGCAGCAGCAGCUUGAGGUCUGUUCCCCUUAACCUCCCGGGGGUUCCUUCGCCUUUCCAGCUGCUCCCAGCAUAUCUUUGCUACUGCGGUUCUUGCAGCAGCAGCAACAGCAAUAGCAAUAGCAACAGCAACAGCAGCAGGAGCAACAGCAACAGAAACAGCAGCAGCAACGUGCGGGGUGUGCAGCGUUUAGUAGUACCUGCAGCGGCUCUCUGUAACGACAACGCUGCUAUGAUAGGCUGGGCUGCUUUUCAGUAUAUGCAAGCACACAAGGAAGCUGCUUCAAAGAGAUUUGCUGCUGAGGAGGAUAUAAAGGCAGCACCGCAGCUGCAACAGCAGCAGCAGCAGCAGCAGCAGCAGCAGCAGCAGCAGCAGCAGGUAGAGAAUAGCCUAUCCGUACCCUUUAUACGUCCGAAGUGGAGCGGGGGAAUGUCUCUGCCUCAUCCCUUAGCAGCAAUAGAGCUGCUGCUGCUGCAUGCGCUGCUGCAGCAGACUCUUCCUUACCCACCUUCUGUGCUGCUGCCUGCAGCAUCUGAACGCUGA